AUGAUUGAUAAUGAAAUUUAUGAUUAUUAUCGCCAAGAAAGUAGCAAUCAAGAUGUUAUUGAAACCAGCGUUUCAUAUGAAUGCAAAUCUGAAGGUUUUCAUCCAGACCGUAAUGAUUGCCGAAUAUUUUAUAGAUGCGUUGAAUGGGGAAAUAAUAGUCCAUUAACGCCUUUUAAAUUUGAAUGUGGAAUUGGUACAGUCUUUUCUCCAUCUAAGGGCAAUAUUUGUGUACAUCCAAACGAUAGUAAUCGGCCAGAAUGUUGUGAACCAAGUAACGAAAUUGAUUCUAAUGAAUCAAGCAGUAGUCACAGCUGGAAUUAUGAAUUAGAAAUUAGUUCUCCCUUUCAUAAUCCUUCUUCAACUAAAUAUCCUUCUCAGACUCAGCAACCUUACUAUCCUAAUUAUCCUUCACAAACUGAAAAACCGCAAUAUCAGCAUUAUUCAGUGCAAGCUCAAAAACCUCAACAGUCAACCUCUUACUUACAAACUCAAAAGAAGGAGCCUAAUUUACAGACACAAACAACUCAGCAAAUAAAUUAUUUAUCAUCAACAGAUUCUCAACAUGCAACUUAUCCAUCUAAUCUUGAUUUACCUGAGGUAAUUCAAUGUAGUGGAAUAAAAGGUGUGUCAUGCACAUCAUCGUCAGAAUGUGCGAAAGAAGGAUUUUUCGCUAAUCCGAAAGAUUGUCAUAAAUUCUAUCGAUGUGUUAAUGAAAACUCCAUUUUAAAAAGAUACGACUUUACAUGUGGCGUAGGAACAGCUUGGGAUCAAACAAUACAAACUUGUAAUCAUGAAUAUAAUGUUGCUAACUGUAGUUUAGAUCAUGUAACUCAAAAUCAAACACAGCCAUCUGUAAUUGCAAGCCAAACUGCAGGAUCUGAUACUUCAUUUAGACCACCAUCUACACAAACUAGUCAAUUUCCAUGGUCCAAUUCUAAUAGCUCUACAUUGACAUCUAUGGGUAUACCCUAUCCUUUCCCACAAUCCAUUCAAAACUCGACAAAUCCAACGUAUCUUCCUCCACAAUUAACUCAAUAUCCAAUUCAAUCAACAUAUUCGCAACAUUCCACUUAUUCAACAUACCCUAUUUCUUCACUUACUCAGGGGCCAGUAAAUCCAAUGCAAUUUCAAAGUACAAAUGGUCCAGAAUAUAUUCCGCCUCAAUUAACAACAAUAAAUACUUCAUCGUCUUCUAAUAGCAAUAAUGGAAAUGAAGUAUUAGAUACUGGCAUUAAACCAUGCUUUUCUACAGGAUCUAUAAAAGAUUGUAAAGAAGAGGGAUUUUUUCCUAAUCCCGAAGAUUGUCAUAAAUUUUUUCGAUGUGUUAACGAAAAUGGAUCUUUUCGUCAAUACUCUUUUGAAUGUGGAACAGGAACUACUUGGAACCAACAAUUGCAAACGUGCAAUUUCGUAAAUUCUAUUUCAGGUUGUGGACCUUCUGAAUCAGGAAUAAAUUUACCAGAUUUUGGUUCUGUAAAUCAAAAUCCUCAUACUGAUAUAGACUCUGGAAGUAAUAAACCAAGUCUUACUACUUUAACAUUACCAUCUGAAAUUACAAAUCAUCAACAACCUCAAAAACCCCCAAGUAUUGAACAGCAAAUCAAUUCACCAAGUAGUGGUAACAAGCCUCAAAUUUUUAAUAAGAAUAAUUGUCAAAGUGAAGGAUUCUUCGCUAAUGUUAAUGAGUGUCAGAAGUUCUAUCGGUGUGUCAGUCACUAUUCAGGUUAUGUUAAAUAUGACUUUGAUUGUGCUCCGGGAACAGCGUGGGAUCAAUCUCUCUUGACAUGUAAUUAUAUUGCUCUAAUAACAACUUGUAAUCGAUUACAAAAUGUAGUUAAUUCUAAUCAACCAGAAUCUAUUGGCGAAUCCUCUACGUUACCAUUUUUACAAUCAUCUUUUGUCACUCAAAGACCGACAGAAUAUAAACCCGGUACAAUGAACUCCUUUCAAUCUACAAUCAAUAUCAACCUUAGUUCAGAAAAUUUCAAUAGUACACAGGAAUCUUUUACUACAUCAAUGUCUACAGGAAUUUCAUCUUCAACUAUAUCUACAAGCCGUACAGAAGAUAGCUCUGAACAAUCUACCAAAUUAGAUUGUGUUACACCAAAAACUAACAACACAAUUGUAUGCAAUAAUGCGGGAUUCUAUCCUCAUCCAACACACUGUAAUAAAUUCUAUCGUUGUGUAGAUAAUGGGAAGGGAUUUAAUGUCUACUAUUUUGAUUGUCCAGUUGGAACGAUUUUUGAUCCAAGUAUUGAAGUAUGUAACUAUGCAGAAUCUGUUUAUCCAGUUAGAGAUUGUAGAACUGGUGAAUCUGAAAGUAGUACUUCUUCGCAAUCUCAGUCAUCAACAACGCAAAGAAUUACGAGUAUAGAAACUACAACAAAGUCUCAAAAUGGUAUUUUUACAACUACUAUUACAUCUGAAAUACCAUCUGAACCUUCUUCAGUAGGACUAGUGACUACUGAACCAUCAACUAUUGGUAUAAUAGAAGGCAGCCCUACUUUGAUGACAAUGAAUUCUGAAUCAACGACAUUGAAUACAGAAAUAACAAUAUCUAAUUCUGAAACAUCAUCAUCAGAUUCGGAAAUUACAAACCCAAGUUCAACAUCAACAUCAUUGGAAUCACAAGCUACAAUAUCAAGUUCGGAAACAACUACAAUAAGUUCAGAAGAAACAACAUCCAGUUCUGAAUCAAUAUCAAAUUCCGAAUCAAUAACACUGAAUUCAGACGGAACUACAUCUGAAAUAACAAGCUCCGACGUAACUACAUCGGGUUUCGAAACAACUAUAUCUAAUACAAAAACAACCGUAUUAGAAGAAACAUCUACUACAACAGCACUUCCAUUAACUUCGAUUGAAAUGACAACUAAUGCAGGUACAGAAACAACAGUUAGUAUAACCGAUAAUUCAUCUGUAUCAGAACAAUCUACAACUGAUAUUGCAACUCAAGAAACAAUAUCUGCUUCUUCGGGUACAGUAGGGUCUCAAGAAUCAACAACAAUAAUUUCCAACGAAAAGCCUACAGUUUCAGAUAAUUGUCCAACACCAACAAAUCUCACAGAUGAACAAAUAGUUCUUGUGUGCCCAACUGGAUUCAGAAGACAUCCUAAAUUAUGUAACCUAUUUUAUCAGUGUACAAUGUCUGGAAAUACGGAAGUCAAGAUUCUUAUACUCAAAUGCCCUGAAGGUACAAUAUUUGAUGAAGAAACGAACAAAUGUCUGCCAGAAUCUGAAAGUAGUAAACCUUGCAAAGGAACAAUUACUGGAAAGAGAAUACAAAGAGGAGUUAAUAAGGAGUUUACAUCUUUGAUCGAGGUAUCAAAAAAGCCAUUGUGUCCAGAAGAAGGCCACUUUCCGUACAGAGACGGCUGCAGCAAUAUCUUUUAUAAAUGUGGACGUAACUCUAGAUAUGACCUUGAAGGCUACCUUUUUAAGUGUCCGAAGUACUUCGUGUAUUGGUCGGUGUCGAGGCGCUGUGAACGAAUAUCAAGAUUACCCAUGUGCACGAAAAUGUCAAAUGAAAUUGAGAACGAAAAUGAAAACUGGAAGAAUCGUUGGGAGAUCCCGGUUGAAGAUCGAAAUCUCUCUGCCAGGUCACUUUUCCAUUACUAAGUGACUAUCAGUUGCAUAUGUAUAAAGAUUAAAGUAAAGUACUAUUUAAUUACUUUGGU